AUGUCAUUCACUGUUCAUCAGGAACUUCCUGGCUGGUGGUGGAACGAUGCGUUAUUGGUGCGCGACCAGGCGCUGUUGCACAAAGUGAAGAAGCUUGAAGACGACGCUCGUCAGGACAGGCGCCAGUGGAUGAUCACCAAGGCAGUCGACUCCGCUCAACGGAAGGUCCGGCGCGCGUGCGCACGCCUUACGCGCAUGCGCCUUAACGCUUUGCAGGCCAGGCGACAACUCGUCUCUAACAUGUUCGACCAUGGCCGUGGUAUACUUGACGUUGGUCGUGCGGUAUUGGCCUUGGUACGUCGGCAAGCCGACGAUCCUCGACAGGAGUUGUAUCUGAGGGAGAUUCUGUACUACCAAGCUGUAGCGAUGGAGUGGGCGGAUGGGCACUCCAUGUGGUCAUGA